GCCAAUCGAGACGCGGAUUUUCGUACCUAAAAUCGGAUUGGAUCCAAGUGCUAAUUGUGAUUAUUGAACGAAAAAUUUCAGUGAUUAUAAAGUUAAGCAAUAGUUUGCUUUAAAGCAAUUAAAUUCUGCAGUUUGAAUCAAGGAAGUGCUAUUUGGAAGGGAAGUCCCAGGAACUGAGCUGCGUUGGGCAAUCAUUUUUUCAAUCUUUGCGAACAGUUGUGUGAAGAACUGUAGAAGUGUACCAACAGUGUCGAACUAAAAGAGUGAAUUCAGAUAGUGAAUGAAAUUUGUUGAUUGUUGAACCGUGAAAUAUAAGACAAAUUAUUCAAACAAAAUGAAGCGAUUCAUUGCACUGCUAACACUUGUCACCCUGGCCCAAACGCUGUCAAUUGACGACCGUACGCUGGAGAUCAACGUGAACGUCGAGAAGAACGCCAACAACUAUCACAACAGCCAGCUGGGAAGAGGAUCAUUUGAGUACGGACUGGAUGUGGUUAAACAAGCCGACAACCAUUUCCAGCAUAAGGUUCGGGGUCCGGAUGGAGUGACCUAUGGCUGUUACGGAUUUGUAGACCCCGAUGGCAAGCCGCAUCUGGUGCAUUAUGUAUCUGACAUAAAGGGAUACCGCGUCGUGCCACCGGAUCAUGCCACGAAAAUUUACAUCUCCCGAGUAGAGAAAAGCAUUGAUAACGUCUACCAGGGAUCUGUCGAGAGAAACGUCCAGUGGAAGGAUCUAUUCUUCCCACCGGCAUGCUCUGCUCUGUUCGCGGAAUUGACUAAAAACGCUCCAUCGACAACACCACGUCCAACGACGCCUCGCCCAACAACUCGUCCCACUACCAGAAGUACUACCACGAGAACUACUACCACCCCGCUGCCAAUCGAGCCAGAGUUCCCGGAUUCCAGCAAUGUGCACGAGUCUAUCAUUCCUCAUCAGCUGGAACCAGCUUGCUCGUCAGUUUGCGAGGAUCUGAAAAGAGAACUAGAGGAAAUCAAGAACAAGUUGAACCGUCUGCUCGAUGCUUUCGCCAGGAAGGAAGCCGACGAGGCGGAGCGUAGGAGAAAUGGCGCGGGAGGGAAGUUCGCCUACUUCCCGGUGAUGCUGAGCGAUGGGGUUCCCGAUGGAUUGGACACCGGAUCGAGCAAGAUUGCCUACCCAGCAUUCGGGCAGCAGCAGUGCGGCACGAAGUGAGCGGAUUAAUUGGUUGUGUACUCUUACUUUUGUAAGAUUAUUUGAAGGAGACGAAUGACUACUGUUAAGCAACACCAACCAUCAUGCUGUGAAUAUAUUUAUUAUUUUGUA